CUGCUUCGCACCAACACGGCUUUCCUUAGUUCGGGGUCAGUCCUCCUUUCCCCACCUCGAUUUGAGAUUUCCAACUCAAUAGGUGCUUUCACACCCACACAACAACACACCUUCAAUGCACUUUGCAACUGGAUUUUACUAUGUAAAAUGGCAAGAUCCACUUGCAAAUGGUCGCUGAAAAUGGAUUGAAAUUGCAUUAUUCAGCGUGUGUGAAAGCGCCAAAUGUUUCUACUGUGGGAAGUUCCCACUUUCCCACACGGAGGAGAAAGGGCGACGGCAUUUUUUGUGCGUUUUUUUCUUUUGCGCGCUCUCUACGAGAGAAGGCCUGCUUUUCAUCGCGCCUGCAGCUCAUCAGCCCGGCUGGGAACAACCUCCUGGCCGGGUCACCGCGGGACAAACUCCGAACUUGGCCGGGGCUGCCUAUUAGCAUAGGGCCGGGUCGGCCCCCGGACUGGGCAGGCGUCGCGGCGUUGGCGGAGGCGGGCCCGGCUGGCGGGCACAGCUUCUGCCGCUGCGAGGCUCCUCCUCCUCCGUCUCCUCCAUCCACUUCCCCGAAGUCAGCAUGGCGGUCAAGGUUCAGACAACUAAAAGAGCAGAUCCAAAUGAACUGCGUAACAUUUUUUUGCAGUAUGCCAGUGCUGAAAAAGAUGGCGAACGUUACAUGACUCCAGGAGAUUUUGUGCAGCGAUACCUGGGACUGUACACGGACCCUCAUUAUAAUGCUAAAACUGUGCAGUUGCUGGCAGGAGUGGCGGAUCAGACGAAGGAUGGACUGAUCUCCUAUCAAGAAUUUCUGGCAUUCGAGUCAGUUUUAUGCACACCAGAUGCUAUGUUCAUUGUUGCUUUUCAGUUGUUCGACAAAAGUGGCAAUGGAGAAGUGACCUUUGAAAAUGUAAAAGAAAUAUUUGGGCAGACCAUUAUUCACCAUCACAUCCCUUUUAAUUGGGACUGUGAGUUUAUCCGAUUGCACUUUGGACAUAAUAGAAAGAAACACCUGAGUUAUUCAGAAUUCACUCAGUUUUUACAGGAGCUGCAGUUAGAGCACGCACGGCAAGCUUUUGCACUGAAAGAUAAAAACAAAACUGGCAUGAUUACCGGUUUGGAUUUUAGCGACAUCAUGGUCACCAUUCGUUCCCACAUGCUCACUCCUUUUGUGGAAGAAAACUUAGUCUCGGCUGCAGGUGGAUCUAUUUCACACCAAGUCAGCUUUUCCUAUUUCAAUGCUUUUAAUGCCUUGCUGAACAACAUGGAGCUUGUUCGAAAGAUAUACAGCCUCAUAGGAGGUGUUAGGAAAGACGUGGAAGUUACAAAAGAGGAAUUCUCCCAUUCUGCUAUCAAAUUUGGACAAAUUACACCCUUGGAAAUUGAUAUUCUCUAUCAGCUGGCUGACUUGUACAAUGCUACAGGACGCUUAACUCUGACUGACAUUGAGAGAAUAGCACCCUUGGCUGAAGGAGCAUUGCCUUACAACUUAGCAGAACUCCAGAGGCAGCAAUCUUACAGCGAUCGGGGGAGACCCAUCUGGCUCCAGGUAGCUGAGUCUGCUUACAGGUUCACUCUGGGCUCAAUUGCUGGAGCCGUGGGAGCUACUGCUGUGUACCCCAUUGAUCUGGUGAAGACUCGUAUGCAGAACCAACGCACUUCUGGAUCAGUUGUUGGAGAGCUGAUGUACAAAAACAGCUUUGAUUGUUUUAAGAAAGUGCUGCGCUAUGAAGGGUUUUUUGGGCUUUACAGAGGCUUACUUCCACAGCUUAUUGGUGUUGCUCCCGAAAAGGCUAUUAAGCUUACAGUUAAUGACUUUGUCAGAGACAAGUUCACGCAUAGAGAUGGCUCCAUUCCACUGUUUGCAGAGGUCCUUGCUGGAGGCUGCGCUGGAGCUUCUCAGGUCAUCUUCACGAAUCCCCUGGAGAUUGUCAAGAUUCGGUUGCAAGUCGCAGGAGAAAUCACUACAGGGCCCAGGGUUAGCGCCCUCACUGUUCUGAAGGACUUGGGGAUCUUUGGUCUGUAUAAGGGUGCCAAAGCGUGUUUCCUCCGAGACAUUCCCUUUUCUGCAAUCUAUUUCCCUGUUUAUGCUCAUUGCAAACUGCUGCUUGCGGAUGAAAAUGGCCACGUGGGAGGGCUUAAUCUCCUUACAGCUGGUGCUAUUGCAGGUGUGCCUGCGGCUUCCUUGGUGACCCCUGCUGAUGUCAUCAAGACAAGACUGCAAGUGGCCGCUCGCGCAGGUCAGACCACGUACAGCGGUGUGAUUGACUGUUUUGGGAAGAUUCUUAGAGAAGAAGGUCCCACGGCUUUUUGGAAAGGAGCUGGAGCGCGAGUGUUCCGCUCUUCCCCCCAGUUUGGUGUUACUCUGCUGACCUAUGAACUUCUGCAGCGAUGGUUCUACGUUGAUUUUGGAGGAAUCAAACCUUCUGGUUCAGAACCGACACCCAAGUCUCGGAUCUCAGACCUCCCUCCUGAGAAUCCUGACCACAUAGGCGGCUAUCGACUGGCCACAGCUACGUUCGCUGGUAUCGAGAACAAGUUUGGCCUCUCUCUUCCAAAGUUUCGAUCGGCUGGCAUCGCUUCAGCACAACCCAAAGCAGCAGCAGAAUCCUGAGCUGACCUUUUGAGCCAAAACCCAAAUGGUGCAAUGGACGUAUAUAAGUAGUACUUUUUUCUUUCUCCUCCAGUCACCUGCAUGAUACUCUAGCUGGAUGGAGAGUUUUGACAUCGAAUCACUCCUUUCUAUACGAAACAUGACUAAUCAUUUGCACAUGGGAGACUGAUUCAAGCUUUUUAAGUUCUAUGCAUAGACCUUUUACCCUCUGCCCAGUGGCAUGAAUUAGUAAUUAAGGCUUGGCGUUGCACAGCUUUUUUUUUGCACUCCAUGUUACUGUACAUAUUGUACAUCUUUGUACAGAGACAUCAUUGUGGCAUUGAAAUGCAGUGGCAUUUGUAGAAACAGGUAUUGCGGUUCUAAAUGGUUUGCAAUGUACAGAAUGUUUUGAAAGUGUUUUAUUAAAAAUCAUGUGGGAAAUAAAAUUUAUUUAAAACCA